AUGAGAAGAUUUGGAAAUUCUAACAGUCAAAGAUAUUCUAAAUCCUUGAUUAUAUUACAAACUAGAGAAUUAGCUUUAUAAUGUUUUGAAAUGUUUUAAUAAUUAAAUCAAUUUUCAUUUUGUUCAGCUAUUCUUGUUUUUUCAUAAUAAGAAGCUGAAUUGAGGUAGAGAUUCUAAUAUCAUAUCUCUACUCCAAGAAGAAUUAUUGAUUAAUUAAAAUUCCUUUAGUAUUGA